CGAUCUGUUGAGUCGCGCAGUCAUUGUGUAAACAGAACACCUAACACACUAUAGCCUUCUGUCCGGGCUUCCAGGACGUAUAACGAGGGAAAGUUCUCUCCGGGCACGGCCGUGAAAAUGUGAGCUCCGGAAUCCUUUGGAUACGAUUAAAAUAAUAAGAAUUCACUUCUGAGGAUUUAUAAAUGGAAGUAUACGGCAUCGAUGGCGUCGAAUUAUCAUCCCUAGACAUCACAGGGGAGAACUUUGAGGACUUAUUGGCCUACGAUGAUCUCUUCCUGGACUACUUCAAUGCCUUCCUGGCCCUCAAUGUUUUCCCGAUCGCCACCACCUAUAACCGGCUGACGGGGUCAUUUGAGGAGGUGAACUACACUGACAACGAUGGUAAUCGGGCCUCGUCUGGGUCGUCAGAUCGGACGCUCCAGUACGCCCCAACAGAUGAGGAACGGGAUCAGUUAUUGGUGUGGGCACGCGAGGAAAGGCUGCCUCUCUUCCUCAGCACACAACUGUUCCGUGAAUUUAAGCUCUGUAAGCUGUUAUUACGUGCAUUAGAUGACCGCUACUCAGCCGGACGACACUCCAACACAUUACGGGGUUACAGCCGACAGUCGGAAAGCUACGUGUCAAGUUUCAGCAACAGUGCAGAUAAUAGUGCCCAUGAUGAGAUUGAUGACGAGGAUGAAGAAAUGACCUUCAUGGAUUCAAGUAACCUGCGACAUUCUGCCUUGUACAGAUAUCAACGGCCAGGAAGUAAAGCUCUGAGCGUACCAACUCGUAUGUGUCUAGGAUCAGAGGACACUCAGAGAGGGAGUACACUCACAGCGACCCAGGAAUCCUCGCGUGGAGAAUCACAAAGUGCCAAACACAAGAAGAAGAAGGAGCUGAGUUUUACACGAGAUUUUGUACCAGGUCUAGCUCUGGACUCUGACCGUACACCAAAAUCCAGAGAAAACACUGUGGUCAAGUUUGAUGAAAAACAAGCAAAUGGAGAGAAAAAUCGGAAAUCUUCUAGACGGAGUCGGAAACAUGUACCAGUUUCGGAUGUUGAGGAAACAUUCCUGAGACAUGCCAGAGCCCUCUCUGCCCCUGUAAACUACGAGGAGUACAUGCGACACCCAAGGUAUGUCGACUUCGACUUGUUAUUUGGGGAGGAGGAACCAGACACACAUGGACAAGUGUACGUCACGUUCCAGGAUGAACACGUCAGUGAAGAACAGACGGAAAACGAUGUAAAAAACCUGGAGGGGCGUCUCAAAAUGUCUAUACAACAGCUCAAGGAACAGGCUCUAGGCUCAUACGGAGGUAUGGAGGCUUACAAGGAGUUCCUUAAGGGAACCGCGGGUGACCAACUCGUCAACUUCUGGCUGGACUGCGAGUAUUACAAAGACACAGUGGAAAAUUUUGACGAGUUGUCUAAAAAUGACCUCAGAAACAGACUCUUCAGGGAUAUACGGGACCGAUAUAAGAUGAAUCUGACGGAGGACGCCAGAAACCAGAUCUCCAAGACUGCCAGUAGUGCCAAUCUGAGCCACACCAUCUUCCUACGUACCCAGUACGAUGUACUGCGGAGGCUGAGGGCCUACUGGGUCCCACGAUUUCUCAUCCACCAGGAGCGUCUCCGAGAGUUUAGUGAUAUUGGUGUUGGCAUGGGGAUUACCAUGAUGGCCAAGUUGGCUAAUGGAACGAGACACUCCCUUCCAUUCUUUCCAUCCAUCUCUUUGGUCAACUCCAUGGCAGUCCGUCCAGACGAUGUUCUAACCUACUCUAAAACAAAGAAUUGGGAGUAUAUAAGUCAAGGAGGUCGUUGCCUUGACAACAGAGUGACCUCCGCAAAGGUCAGACAGCUGCCGCCUGCAAGAAUUUUGUAUUCACGUUCGACAAGGAUUGGUAAGAAUCGUUUCAUUAUGGCUCUCAUGGGAGACAAAGUGGCAGGAGGACCAUUUCAGCGAUUCUUAGACAGACAAAGUGACCGUCUGCUUUUGUCCAACCUGCUGUUCUGGCAGGACGUAACAGAAUAUGGUCAGUCUGAGGACCGGUCAGCUGACCGUCUGCUCCGACUCUGUCAUGCCUGGUCAAUCUACAACAAAUAUCUACUGCCAAGUAGUGAAUACAGUAUCGGUUUCUCUGAAGCUGAGAGGGAUGAACUUCACGCCACAUUGCUCAAGGCCAAAGACUUUGUGGAGGCGUCUGUGUUCAACAUGGCCAAAUUCCACUCCAUGGAGCGUCUAGAACGAGCAUGGAUGCGUUACCUCCAGGAGGACCUCAAAACAUUCCUGGAUGCUCAUGUGCGCCCAGGAGCAGAAAGUCCGCCAUCCACAGCUGACGUGAUCCAAAUUGCCGUGGUCGGAGACGAACUUCUCAUUACUCGUCCAAUGCCUUGGGUCAAAAGGGUCUCAACAACAGACUCCCAGAGGGCCCUCCGCCUACGACAAGCCCUGGGACUUGGUGCAGACAUGGACAGUGAACAGAGGGCUGCGAUGAGGGCCAAAGCUCGGGAACGGCGAAAAGAGAUGGAACGAGAGAGGAAGAAAGCGAUAAGGGCUGCCUACCGCAGGGUGAAGGAGGCUAAACAGAGGAAAGACACGGAGAAGGAAGAUGGAGAUGAUAUGGAGUAUGACCUGGACGACGAGAAGAGGUCAGCAAAGCCACCGCCUCCGUUUACAGAGAUGACCCAUAACAAACAAUUUAUGUCCAACUUUAAGAAACAUUUACUGGAAGCUGAGGACAAAGAAAGACUCAAUAUGGUGAGCCUGUAUUUGGACACAGACAACUACCUUAACCUCGGGUCCAGUAAGGCAGACGUCAAGAAGAAGGAGUCCCAAUCUGGAUUUAUCUACAAAACUUAUGUUGACUCCCAUGGUAAGAAGCAUCUAACCUUCACCGACAAGUUGACUAACAGGAUUGGGGAGCGACCAAAGACAGGCGCCAUUAAGGAAAUGCAAAGUACUGUCAUACCAAAACUAGAGGAAGCAUUUAGUACGUUCUUAGUGGAAAAAGCAUCAGAAAAUGGAAUGGACCCAAGAGACUUUGCCAAUCUUUCUCAGUCAGAAUUAGCACUUCGUAUGGGUACGGAGACGUCAAUGAACUGGAAAAAGGGUCGUAAGGGAAAGACGCCAGAUCCGCUUGAAUUAUCGCAUAGCAACUUAGGCAAGGGACUUAACGGCAAAGUGAUACGGGAGAUUGAGUUCCCUGCUAUCACUGUUAGCCUUAUCGAACAUGAUGAGGAUAAUAAGGCGAAUCGUAAGGUGCAUUUUGCCGGAGAUAAUGAGGAGGAUGUCUACCAGGAGGAAUCAGCACGAACUACGUCACAGACUGAUCAGGGCGCUGGCGCCCGCCGGGGACGCAGAAAUAAAAUAAAUGUGAAGACUGGACGUGCACAGCCAACCAAAGAUGACCGAGAGGAAUUUUUCAAGGCGCUCAAAUCGUCAGCCGCUGGUCACCUGACUCUGACCAUGCUCUACUUCUAUAAAUAUCUACAGAAACACGGCGAGGAGGAAAAUGCCCCCCUCCUCGACAAAGAUCUUUUCUUCUACAUUGAAGUUCAAAAGUUCAAGGACGGUAGCCAUGCCUACUCGGAUGAAGAAUCUCUCCGGAGGAAAGUCCAGUCUAUCAUGGAUUGUUUCCUGGAUGCCAUUGUCAGUCCAGCACUUCAGAUUGAUGUUACUGCCGCAACGCAGGACAAGGCUAUCAGGGCGGCUCAGAGGUACCUCGCAGGAAAAGAUGUGAUGGCUAGUAUAUUUGACGAGCCACAACUAAUGGUGUUCAAGGAAUUGUUGCCCUACUGGGCUGGAUUUAGACGAACUUUCCAGCCUCCGGACGAUCCAACAAAGCGUCCAGUCACUAAACACCAAAAAAUGCUGAAAAAGAGACUUGAAGCCAUUGAAAACUAUGAGAUACCAUCAAAUGAGUUCCAUCUUCCAUCCAUCCCCGAGGGAUCUAUAGCAGCGUAUACCUUCUCACUCUCCGACGGAGUAAGAUGGCGGCGUGAGGCGACCUUGAAGGAGGUUACGACUGAGGAAGCCCAGAGCAUCUUGGGAAGUCCAAUCGACAGAUCAGAGACGGCAACCACUCUGAGGGGAGGAAAGAGCGGGGUGGAGAGUACGCUACGGAAACGUGUUAAAUCACAAUCUCAUCUUAGUGUGCCUGGCAUGAAUGGCAGUGGACGUGCGUCCCCCGGACAUUCCUUAUCUGUCAAAGACUGACAUGGGUAUAGGCCAUAGAUGGAGCAAUGAUGAUUUAAGUUUGUCUUUCAUCGCAAUUACCAACAAUCACCAACAACCAUGGGAAAUGAGAGCGAUGUGACUUACUGUAACCAGGAAUAUUGAGAUUUCUUUGUCACCCUUGAAUAUUGAAGCCAAACUCAGAACUGCAGUGAUAUUUGAUAUAGAAAAUGUUGAUGAAUAUUGUAUAAUUUUGUGCAUCUAGCUCAGUAAAUGCCAGCUUAAUAGCACAGGCAUGUGAUCUUUGCCUAAUAUCAUAAGCCCCUGCUGAUAGGCUAAUUCAAUAGGCCUCUGAUGCUAACCCGUUAUACCACAGGUCCCUGAUGGUAGCCUAACAGCACAGGCCUUUGAGGCUAGCCUAAUAUCACAGACAUCUGAUUUUAGCCUAAUAACACAGGCCCCUGAUGCUAGCCUAACACCACACGCCCUAGCUACUAGCCUAAUACCGAACAGGCAUCUGAUGCUAAGCUAAUACUAAAAGCCCUUGAUGCUUACCUAUAAUACCACAGGGAUCUGAUGAUAACCUGAUAUAGCACAGGCCCUUGAUGCUCACCUAUAAUACCACAGGGAUCUGAUGAUAGUAUGAUAGCACAGGCCCUUGAUGAUAACCUGAUGUAGCACUGGCCCCUGGUGAUAGCCUGAUACCACAGGCCCCUGAUGAUAGCCUGAUAGUACUGACUUAACAUCUUCCAUAAGAAAUAAUAGGGAUGAGAUCUUUUCUAUCUAGGUAUCUGAGCGUGUGCAAUAAGUAUGUGAUGUAUUUAGUAUUUCUCCAUACAGAUUUCAACAUAUCUUUUGAAAUUAUACUGAAAAGCACAGAAUUUUUUAAGUUAUUAAUUACUGUGGUAUUAUUGCCCGAUAUGCUCAAGACUAACAACUGGAAUUACAAAGAAACAUCUCUCACAGAUAUCAGCUACUGCAGAUACACUGUGACCUACAGUUUGUUUACAAAUAUACACAUAUCUAUUACUUAUUUACAGAAGUCUUGUUUCAGAAUAAAAGAACAACUGAAAUUUGCUUAUAGUUAUCUGUAAUAUUUUUCAUAAAUAUGCAAUCUGUUUAUAUAUAUAUUGACAAUUGUUUACAUUAAUCUAUACAUAUAUAUUUAGAAAAAAUAUAUAUAUAUAAAAGUUAUUUAUAGAUAUCUAAAAUCUGUUUAUAGGUAUCUACAACUUGUUACCAGUUGCCUAUUGAAUGACGUUAGCAAUAUUAACGUAAAAAGAUUAACCCAUUAUUUCCCCUUUUGGGCCCCAUUCCUCAAUUUUGAAGGGGCAAUGUGUAAAUAUCUUUUGACAACAUUGAACUUCCAUAGCCCAGAAUGCUCCAUGCCAAAUAAGGUCAAAAUCCCUUUGCCAAGACUUAAGGUGUAGUCUUUUGAAGAUUAACCCCUUUUAGGGCACAUCUUUCUGAACAACAUUUGAUUUCCAGUGUAACAGCCACUUCUUUGCCCCCCGCUGAAAGUUUCUCCGGGUAAAAAAUCAAGCUAGCCUAUUUUUUCCCUGCGGAAACUGAGACAAGGAAAGAAAUGACUUCUUCACCGGAUCCAAAGGAUGUUCCAUGCUAAAUAUAGCUGAAAUCCAAUCAGCUGCUUUCGUUUGAAUCAGUUUGAAUCAGUAAGUCGCUGACAUAAACUUCUGACCGGGGAGUCUCCAUAAGGUAUAACCCACUCAGUGAAUACAUUAUUGAUGUCUUUCACCGUAAAAUGUUCAGAUUUGAAGUUUUCCUCAGAAACUUUCAGUUUGUUUGUAUUGGAGUGCUAAUAUGAGUGACUGUUUCUUCGUAAAAUAUGCAUAAACACUUUACCUAAAUUAUUGAUCAACUCUUUUAUUUGAUAUAUGCUCAUCUUGGUUAGAUAUGGGGAAUUCCAUGACAAAUAUUCUUUUGUAAAUUUAUUGUUUAUGUUAGCCAGACUUAUGUGUAUAUAAGAAGUGUGCCUGAGUUUAUGUGAUAAUGAAGCAUCUGUCGUCUGUCGUCAAUUUUGUUUUGUUUUUAAGUAUUCUCCUUCAGAACUGUAAGGCCUAGAGUCAUGAUAUAUAACAUGUAGCUUGUGAGAGCGAAGGGCUUUCAAGCUUGUUUCAUGACCUUGACCUACAUUGAAGCAUGGGGUCAAAUGUGUCGACCUCUGAUGAAGCAUCAGGUCUAUGAUAAUAUUUGGUAUGUGGAUUGCUAGGAACAAGAGCCGUCAAAUUACUCAGAUAAAUAAAAUUAACCAACAUAUAAUGUGUUAUAUAUAGCCAGUGAUAUGGGCAUCUUGUGACUGAUUGAUUGAUUGAUUGAGAGAAUGAAUGAAUGAAUGAAUAAAAUGAAUGAACAAUAUUUCAAG